AUGUAUCGCCCACAGGACCAGUUUGGCUCCCGAUUUCCCCGCGAUCCCUUCAACAACGGAAUCAACGCAGCAUGGAACCCUCCCCACCCCAGAGCCUGGGCUCCAGCAGGCAGGUGAGAAGAGCAGGCAUUGUAUAACAGAUUUAGAAGGUUUUAGAUGGUUAUGUACAUGUCAUGCUGUUAUAGGGAGUCUGAAUAUACUAUGUAUUAUAUGUGUAAUUCUCAACUUUUUUAUUUAUUUUUUUAGGUGCCCUUCCAACAUCAACCAGUCACAGCUGCCUCCUCAUCUGCCUGCUAAUCAUGUGACGAGCAUAGGUCAUCCCAGCAAGCCCUACUUUCCUCUAGGGUAAAUGUUGUGCUCGAUAGAUGCGAUUGGCUUUGCUCCGGCCGCCCCUCUCUCCCUUUAAGUAACUCUGUUGUUUCUGUGCAGUUCUCCUCCUGGCCCGCGGCUAGGAAAGUUGGAGCGCGUUCACUCCUGCGUGCAGACCCUCCUCAGGGACGAGCAGCAGCCACAGAUUUGGGAGCAGCUUGGUCAAAUUUAUGAGUCUGAGCAAGAAUGGGAAGAUGCUGUGCGCUGUUACCAAACCGCGGCACGGUAUCAUGGCGGCUACGAGCUCACUGCUCACAUCUCCCGGCUUCAACAGGUAAGGACAUGCAAGAUCCUAUCUAAAUGAGGUGUGGGUGUGUGGCACGGGGAGAUGGUUUAAUGGUCCUAACCAUUUUUUUUUUUUUUUUUCUUUUUUUUUUUUUCUCCCCCAACCCCCCUUUCCCCCCACAAGACUCACCUUUGGAACUUGCACUCCCCGCCCCAUCAUCGCCCAAAAUCUCUGCCACCAUUGCAACAAGUCUGGGAUCUCAUGCAACAUGAGGUAGAACUGACCUUAAAAUCAGCGCAUUGCACUGCAGAGUGUAUAGGAAGAGUAUACUUGUGGUUAGAGUACUUCCCAAAACAUUUCCAGUGACUAUGUGUGUGUGUGUGUGUAUGUAUAUAUGUAUGUAUAUAUGUAUAUGUGUAUAUAUAUAUAUAUAUAUAUAUAUAAUAUAUGUAUGGGAACAAGAGGCAAGCACUCACGGUCUUUUGGUUUCUUUAAAACGAUUUUCCUUUUAUUUCAUUGCUUAAAACUUGAUCGACGUUUCAGCCACAAUACAUGGCUUUCAUCAGGAUCUUUAAAGCGGCUGCCUCUUGUUCCCUAUAUUUGUGUAUAUUAUGGCAUUGGCUUGACAGCACCAGGCAUAAAUCUACAUAGAAGUGUGUGUGUAAGGAGACAAUAGGAAUAUAUAUAUAUAUAUCUAUCUCUAUCUCCACUGAAUGGCACACGUUGUCCAUCAUGGGAUAAAUUGUGAUGGUCGGCAAGUGAGCAGCUCCCUUCUGCCUUUAUCUACUGAUCAUGAACACAAAACUCUGUAAACUGAAAACUCUUUAUUUAUAAAUCGAUGCAAUUAUUAUUAUUUAUUUUUAUUUUUUAUUUUUUUUAUAAAGAGCUGCGUGUUUUUUAUUGGGGGGGUAUAUAGAUCAUUGUGUAGAUACUCGGAAAAUAGACAUGUAUAAAUAAGUAGAAAUAUACAUUUAAUUAUUUUUCCUUCUAUUAUUUUACAGCAGAAGAGACAUUUUGUGGGGAAGAGGGGCCCCCCACAGCUGAAGCGUGCUGUCCCCCCACCUGACUCGUCAGGUCUCCAGUCACCUCCCCACAACGCCCAUGGAGGAGAAGAGCAGCCCAUGAAAAGGAGACGUAGUGGGAGCCCUGAGCAGGUAUUCAGUGCUGGAUAGCGAAUUAGUUACAGGGCCCUACUUUUCGAUUGAGAACUGUCACAUGUAUAAAUACCGCUCGUGUUCUUAGUUACGUUUAUCAAUUUUCUGACCGGGCCUAAAGACACCAAGUUAACCUCCUUAUUCUACGAUCGCUACACCCAGCCAUUAUUGCUAUCCAGAGUUGGACAUCUAAAGCUAAACUUCUGUUCCACAUUAUCGGCGCCAUAGCCCAGGGCUAAACGGGUACAGUGCCCCCCAAAGAUGACCACUCUUCACUACACAGUGGUUGUGGUGUCUAAAGUGCUACUUAACCAUUCUCUGUCCUCUACCGUCAAGUUAGCCUCAUCUGAUCAUGUGACCAGAUUUUCAAUUUUUCCUGGCAAAUUCCUUGAAUAAUUGUUCUGUUCAUUUUUAUGCUGAAUUUUUAAUAUGACACUAACAUUUUUUUUCCCAUCCCUCUACAGCAGAGGAGGGGAUCACACAACCUGCACUCCCCUCCUGCCGCUGGGAGUUCUGGGAAUUUGUACCAUCAGGCACCUACGAAGCCUAAUGUCUGGAAUCCUCUUACUCACGAGUCUUGGAACGAGCGCAGGGAUAGGCAGGUGAGGCAUUAUACAGAAUGAAACGGCAUAUGGGUUCAUAUAUAAACUAUACAAGGCAGUAACCAACACCUAUGUUCUCAUUCUCCCAGCAGGAACCUCGUCUGCCUUCCCAUGUUUCAUCUUAUCCACCAUAUUGUCCUCCUCGUCCACCACCACUUCACCAGCAGCCCCGUCCUCCAAGUGACCUUAGUGAUGCUAGAGGUCAGAGGUCGCCUGCAGAGGUCAUCCCUCCAGUACCACCACCUCUCCAUGUGCCUUAUGACCAACGAAGACCCCGCCUACCACCACCACUGAAGACCUCUAGACCUGAACUGCCCCCUGUAAGUAGAUGCAAAUCCAUUCUAUAUUUCUCAGGUUUUGAUCAAACUUUCUCAUAUCUGUAGGUUUGAUUAGCAAUUUCUGCUUAAACUGCUAAACUUUAUUUUACUCUGUUAUAAAAAUCAACCCUUAUAUAUCACCUCUUUGGUUCCAGUCCUCCGAUCGCUACCAGAGCCCCGUGAAUACUCCAACCAGAAUCUGCCCCCCUCCUCCGGAGCAGCCAGACCCCCCAAAACCAGUCUGUGCAUCUCUCCAGCCCCAGCCAUCCCCUGCCUCCUGUCCUCCCCCACUCCAGCAGAGCUGGCUGCCAGCCCCGAUCAAGGAGGAGGUGAAGAGGGGGGAUGCACUGGAGGAGAUACUGUAUGGAGAGAAGCCUGGGGGGGUCAAACGGGAAGGAUAUUUCCCGUCUUGCGAUACCCAAGGGGGGGGCAGUGUCUACGAGCAACGAACUCAGGGCAUCACCACCAGCAAAGCCAGGCCAGGAUCUGAGGCCUUCCAGGCUGCAAGCCUGGAUCAUGUACUCAAGACCCUGCAAAAAAUUGAUGACCCUGUGUUAUUUGCCCCAGAAAAUAAAGAAAAGGAAAUUGGUGAAGGAGUAAGAAAGCAUCCCCGAGCCCCAGAAAUUGAGAUCAGUGGGAACAAACCAAGUCAUGGACUUUCUAGGAAUGAGGCCAGCUAUUCAGGCAGAAAGGGGUCGCCAGUGCAAGAGGACAACACCUCGUUUGGCCCAUCUUCUGCCCCUCUCCAGAAAGAUACCUCAGGGAGCAUGCGGGUAUCGGGUUCUGCUUCUCCAGGGACACCACCAGUUUUAAAUGUUAACAGCAAAUCUCUUAGCCCAAAUCCAGACUUGUCUGAGAGCAAGGGAGGCUGCAGGCCCGAGAAGUCACCCACUGGAUGUAGCCAGCUCUUUGAUUUUCCUGGAGGGCAAUUAUCUGAGCAUUUUGAGGAGCCCUCUGAGUUUGCAAAGAUUUUGCCUGAUGGACUAGAUGAUAUAAUGAAAAUGUUGGAUGAGUCGAUCGAGAAAGAAGAAGUUGGUGGGAACUCCAGUGGAGAGGACUAUCUCUCUCCUGCCUCCUCUUCUUGCCCCACAGCAGAAACCAUUUCAGAUACCCAACCUGCCAGUUCCAUGCAAAACAGCGUACUUAAUGCUCCUGUUCAAGGGGCAAAAAUGGCAGAAGUGAGGCCUAGCGAGUUGUUCCCUUACUAUGGUCCCAAGAAGGCAAUCUUGGGACACGAAAGUGGCAAUGAAGGGAGGCCUGCACAGCAUGGGGGCAAUAGUGUUCUUAAAUCACUUGCAAGUGUUUUAGAAGGGCAGAAGUAUUCCUACCGUGGUGGUGCAAGCCUGAAGGGAGGAGGCGGCUCGGCCUACUUUACUGGUGCUAUGGUGGGCAAGCGUAAUGACCCAUACACUGCGCUAUCUACCUCACGUCGGGCCUUGGAGGGAAAAGUGGUAAUUGGAGCACCUCCUACAUCAGAAGUCACAGGGCAAGGGAUCUUGGGCAAGAGGACAGGUGUACGAACAGAGACAGACAUUCUGGAAGAUAUAUCACGAGCUUGUGAAACUCUAGUGGAGGGAUCAAAAGUGUCUGGGUGUAGUAGGGUGGAGGAAGAGCGAGUUGUUGAGAAAGGUGUAAGGAGACCUGAAGUGGUUACCGAAAGAAAGUCAGACAAACACAGGGUGGCAGAUAAACCAGAAGAUGUAGCUAAAACCAACACUAAAAUACCUUGGGGAGCUAUUAAACAGGAAGCAGUAGUUGAGAAGAAGCUGGAAGCACCCAGAGUGGCAGAGCAUAAGGAAGGGCCAGUUGAAAAGAAACCCGAUGCACUUAGGGUGGCAGCUAAAACCGAUGCAGCUAUUGAAAGGAAGCAAGAGAAACCCUGGGUGGUGGAUCGAGUGGAAGGGACUGUUGAGAGGGAUUUAAAGAUGUCAUUGAAGGUAGUUGAGAAAAAGAGCCUUGCCAGUCCAGUUAGUUCUUCCCCUAGUAAGAUUCACAAAGAACAUUCAGUUCCACAAGGGACACCUGUAACGGAAGUUACUAAGGCAGAUGGAGUGCUUGGGAGACUGCAAGAAUUAAUUGAGAGCCAGUCCCCAAAGAAGGCAACAGAACUAAAAAUAUCCCAGGUGGGAGUAAGCGAGAAUUGUUCUUCUGAGCUAGUAAAGAGAAGAGUGGAAAGCGAGAGUAUGAAGUCUCCAGCGGAGGUACCCAAAGCCGAGGCUGAAGCUGAAGGCAUUAGAGUAGUGGAGGCAGAAAGGCCCCAUGAGAGGCUGACCAUUUCCCUGCCAGCUCCUCCUCGGAUCAAAGAGGAGGGCAGGAAGAAAGAUAGGAAGCACAGGAAGUCUAAGAGAGACCGUAGCAGGAGGGCUAAAGAGGGACGAUCUCAGAAGGACAAAGAGAGGCAGAUUUUGGGUAACUUGGACCUUCAAAGUCAGUGUAGGGACACCCCAAAAGCUUCUCCAAAGCAAGUGACAGGUGGUGAAAGGAGGAAAUCAGAGGUAGGUAGGAGAGCAGAAGAAGGACAUCAUCAACCUACACCCCCUGCUGCCCCGGCUACUACACUUCCCCCACCUUCCAAUGGGAGUGUAACAUCUGACCUCUUGAAGAUGAGACCAUUCAUGGAGGGUCCACCAAAGGAGCUGAAAAUUCGACUGAUCAAGGUAGAAAGUGGAGACAGAGAAACCUUCAUCGCCUCUGAAGUGGAAGAGAGGAGGUUGCAAGCUAGUGAGCUGACCAUUAACCACUCGGCUGCAGAAAUUGUCAGAGCCAGCAAGUAAGUUGAGUGUUGGAGUGGUGAAUGUAUAAUGGGGUUAAAUGGCUAUAAUGCUCUCUGUGAGGGGAAGGCGGAUGGGCUAGAGUUAUUAUUAUUUUAUUAUUUAUAUAGCGCCAUCAGACUCUGUAGCGCUGUACAAUGGGUGGACUAUCAGACUUGUUAUUGUAACCAGACAACUGGACGUACAGGAACAGAGGGUUGGAGGGCCCUGCUCAAUGAGCUUACAUUCUAGCAAUGGUUGAUAGAAGGGGCUAUAUGUGUGCAUGAUCUGCUGGCUGGAAGAAUGAAUGUAGAGAUGCUAAUUAAAGUAAAUCAAUAAUUUUUUGUUUGUUUUUUCCACUCUUGUCUCUUUUUCUCGUCUUUCACUAGAAAUAUGGUGCUCAAGGGGAAAUACAAGGAAUCCUACCUCCUGCCAUCAAUGUCUGUGAAACCCCCCAUUGGAACAGAGCAAAAUUUACCCAGAGAGAAACUCAACCCUCCUACACCCAGCAUCUAUGUAAGUAUACUGUUCUUUAUUAUUUAGUGACCACCCUGCUGUAUGAAAGGAGCUUUGAGACUGCCCCUCGGUAUGGCAGUGUGGCACAGACAGGAAUUUUUCCUUUCCCCUCAAGGGUGGCAUGGUGACUGAGAAAGCGCUAUAAGUCUGUCCCUCCCCCUGCAAGGUGACACAGACAUAAGGAGCUAUGAGUCUGUCCCUUCCCCUGCAGGGUGACAGACAGAAGGAGCUAUGAGUCUGUCCCUCCCUCUACAGGGUGACACAGUGACACAGACAGAAGGAGCUAUGAGUCUGUCCCUCCCCCUGCAGGGUGAUACAGUGACACAGACAGAAGGAGCUAUGAGUCCGUCCCUCCCCCUGCAGGGUGACACAGUGACACAGACAGAAGGAGCUAUGAGUCCGUCCCUCCCCCUGCAGGGUGACACAGACAGAAGGAGCUAUGAGUCUGUCCCUCCCCCUGCAGGGUGACAGUGACACAGACAGAAGGAGCUAUGAGUCUGUCCCUCCCCCUGCAGGGUGACACAGGACACAGACAGAAGGAGCUAUGAGUCUGUCCCUCCCCCUGCAGGGUGACACAGUGACACAGACAGAAGGAGCUAUGAGUCUGUCCCUCCCCCUGCAGGGGUGACACAGUGACAGACAGAAGGAGCUAUGAGUCUGUCCCUCCCCCUGCAGGGUGACACAGUGACACAGACAGAAGGAGCUAUGAGUCUGUCCCUCCCCCUGCAGGGUGACACGGUGACACAGACAGAAGGAGCUAUGAGUCUGUCCCUCCCCCUGCAGGGUGACACGGUGACACAGACAGAAGGAGCUAUGAGUCUGUCCCUCCCCCUGCAGGGUGACACAGUGACACAGACAGAAGGAGCUAUGAGUCUGUCCCUCCCCCUGCAGGGUGACACAGUGACACAGACAGAAGGAGCUAUGAGUCUGUCCCUCCCCCUGCAGGGUGACACAGUGACACAGACAGAAGGAGCUAUGAGUCUGUCCCUCCUCCUGCAGGGUGACACAGUGACACAGACAGAAGGAGCUAUGAGACUGUCCCUCCCCCUGCAGGGUGACACAGUGACACAGACAGAAGGAGCUAUGAGUCUGUCCCUCCCCCUGCAGGGUGACACGGUGACACAGACAGAAGGAGCUAUGAGUCUGUCCCUCCCCCUGCAGGGUGACACAGGUGACACAGACAGAAGGAGCUAUGAGUCUGUCCCUCCCCCUGCAGGGUGACAGUGACACAGACAGAAGGAGCUAUGAGUCUGUCCCUCCCCCUGCAGGGUGACACAGUGACACAGACAGAAGGAGCUAUGAGUCUGUCCCUCCCCCUGCAUGGUGACACAGAAUUGAGAUACCAGCCUUGUUUCUUUUUGUUCCUGUACAGUUGGAGAGUAAGCGUGAUGCAUUUUCUCCUGUUCUGCUUCAAUUCUGCACCGAUCCCAAGAAUCCGAUCACCGUUAUCCGCGGAUUGGCAGGCUCCCUGCGGCUAAGUGAGUUAUCCUGGUGUUUAGAUGUUUUACGGUGAAGGACUGAGGCUUGAAGGAAAGAUUCCCCCCCCUCCCCUCCAAUAUUAAUAAAGCACUAGCAAAGAAAUAGUAAAUGCAUCUACCACCCGUCCAAUCCUAGGUCACAACUCCUCCUAUUCUUCUCACACUUUCCUUUCUUUUUUUUUUUCUUUUUUCUUUUUUCUUUUUAAAAGAAAUAAAAAUAAAAAAAAUAUAUAAUUUUUUUUAAAUGUAUUUCCCUAAUGUUGUCUUUCUGUUUGAAUCCAUUGAUUCCCAACCUCGUCUUUCCCUCAGACCUCGGCCUGUUUUCCACAAAGACCCUGGUAGAUGCCAACGCAGAUCACUCUGUCGAGGUUCGCACUCAGGUCCAGCAGCCAUCCGAUGAGAACUGGGACCCAUCUGGAACGAAGCAAAUCUGGCAUUGCGAGAGCAGCCGUUCACACACCACCAUCGCCAAAUAUGCCCAGUACCAGGCAUCAUCUUUUCAGGAAUCUCUACAGGCAAGCACGAUAGUCUAUGGUUUUAUUCCCUACAUUUUUCUUAAUCUUUUCAUUGUUCCUUUUUAAAGCUUUCUUUCCUGGUCGCUCAUUCAUCAAGGUAAUUUUUUGUCAACUUUUAUUCUUCCUUUCCUUUUUAUUUCCCUGUAGGAAGAUAAGGAUAGUGAUGAGGAGUCUAACGAGCCAGAUAGUACCACAGAAACCCUCCCCGCCAGGUAACAUGGCGCACUUUGCUCAUUUAACCAUUGUUGAGUCCACCUGGGGCAAUUCAUUUAGUAAAGGACUUUGUUCUCCUGUCUCUUCCUCCACAGCACAAACAAUGAGCACAAAACCCCUCAAAUCAUUAAAUUUGGAACCAAUAUUGACCUCUCUGACCCCAAAAGGUAAGUUGAGAUUUCGGCACCAUCUACUGUGAUUGCAUUACUGGCUUAAAUAACUCAUUAUGUACACAAGAUACUGGAGCGCCUGUUGCCCUGCCAUUCGUGUCCUGCAAAUUUCCUAGCAGACUGGGGUAACCCUAACAUCUGGAUAAAUAAUACUUUAAGACCGCAAACAUGUCCUUCAUAGUCCUGUAACAGUUACAUAUUUGCAGCUGGGACAAAAAUGCCCUACUUCACACUGCUGGUCAAGGUGUCCAUGUUUUUAUAUUAACGUUAAAAAUGGAGAUGGCAACGUCCAUAAGGCCCCAGAAUCCAAGGGGAUCAGGUGGGAGCUCUGCAUCCAAUCCACCCAGAUUUGUAGUGAGAUCGCAAGGGACUGUCUCCUUCCUGGUCCUCAGUGUGAGCAGUUUAAACCGCAAGCGGCAUGGGCCAUCACAUUGUAAGGUGGAGAUUGUUGAUACUGGACCCGAGACGCACUGCCCCAUGCAGCCUGACUAGACCAUUGCCCACCACAUAUCUUACCUUUACAGUCUAUUAACAGGGCAUAUGGUGACUAUUUUAUUUUUAAUUAGGUGGAAACCUCAGCUGCAGGAACUAUUAAAGUUACCAUCGUUUAUGCGUGUCACAUCCAAUGGAAACAUGCUAAGUCACGUUGGGCAUACUAUUCUUGGCAUGAACACGGUUCAGCUGUAUAUGAAGGUUCCAGGAAGCAGGACUCCAGGUAAGAGGAGGCAAACAUGUCCACUUAACAACAAGAGUAUAAACAAAAGGCUUUGAGUAUAAUGGGAUGUUUUAGAGCCCGUCGUGGGUGGACAUGACCGCAUGAGCAUGCAUUUGAAUUGCUGCUUCUGUCACGAAGUGGGGUGCUUGGAGAUAAUCAUUCCAACUGUGAGAAAAGGCCAUUUCUGAUUUGGUUGCUGUCCACACACAAUCUCAUAUCGAGGUUAUCCUUGUAAUAAAGAUGCAGUAAGAUGCCUUUUGCUACUGAAUCUGCUACUUGACACUGAUGUUUAUUUCUUUGAGACUAUUUGGUGGGGUUGAUGAGCCCACGGAGUGUGUUCUAUGGACAGGUAGGUAGAGCCCAUGAAUAUAGUCCCUCAGAAUUAAACUAGUAAAAACUUGGAAAAGCCAAGCCAAAAAACCUUGAGUUUUUGAGGGCACUUGAGCACUAGAGGGCAACAGAUGGUCAGAAGAUAGAGGAAGAGAAGAACUGGAAGGUAGGAGAGGGAAGGACCAAGCAUAUCCUGAUGGUGUCUUUUGUUCCUGCCUACUCAUUGCACAUUACAAACAUGGUACAUAAUAACAGACCCCAUUUUUAUACAAGCUGUGCUUAUGAAAAGUAUCAGUUUUCACAGAGCUAAAGAGCGCCUCAAGCCUGUAGUGACCUCCCUGAGAGAUUAAAGGACAACUCUAGGCACCCAGACCACUUCAGCUUAAUGAAGUGGUCUGGGUGCCAGGUCCAGCUAGGGUUAACCCAUUUAUUUAUUUUUUAUAAACAUAGCAGUUUCAGAGAAACUGCUAUGUUUAUGAAUGGGUUAAGCCUUCCCCCAAUUCCUCUAGCGGCUCAUUGACAGCCACUAGAGGCGCUUGUGUGAUUCUCACUGUGAAAAUCACAGUGAGAGCAUGCAAGCAUCCAUAGGAAAGCAUUGAUAAUGCUUUCCUAUGUGACUGGCUGAAUGCGCGCGCAGCUCUUGCCGAGCGUGCGCAUUCAGCCGCAUGGGAUGAGAAGAGGAGGAUCGGAGGAGGAGAGCUCCCCGCCCAGCGCUGGAAAAAGGUAAGUUUUAACCCUUUUCCCCCUUCCAGAGCCGGGCGGGAGGGGGUCCCUGAGGGUGGGGGCACCCUCAGGGCACUAUAGUGCCAGGAAAACAAGUGUUUUCCUGGUACUAUAGUGGUCCUUUAAUAAGGAAAAGUGAGGUGUAACUAUAGAAGGGAAACACCUCGCGGCUGCAAGGUCUAGAGGGCGCACACAGACAAUGAGGUGGUUGCGGGGGGCGCCGUGGGUUAUACAGACGAGACAAAUGGAAAAACAAAGCAUGAUUUAAAAAAAAAAAAAAAAUUAUUUAUUUUUCUCUAGGUCACCAGGAGAAUAAUAACUUUUGUUCCGUGAAUAUAAACAUUGGGCCGGGCGACUGUGAAUGGUUCGCUGUGCAUGAAAAUUACUGGCAGAAUAUCAGCGCUUUCUGUGACCGGUAAGAUUAGCACAGCGAAGGUGUCCCAUUUUAUGUACAUAAUUUAUUGCAACGAUAAAGACAAAAUGUAAUGAGUGCAGGUAUGAUAUUCAAAAUGUUUUUGGCUGUUUUUUUUUUUUUUUUUACCACCAUCAUAAUCUGAAAACGCUUAGUACCAGGCAAAAUGCUGUAGGACCUACGGUCUCCCCACCCGAAAUGCUGUUAUUUUCUAUUUAAAUGCCUCCUCAAGUGUCUUACUCCUGUCCCUCUUUCUUAGCGACUUCAUUUUUUUUUUUUUUUUUGAGUAUCAAUCUAGAACACUCACAAUAAUAUAUUUAAUUUAGAUUGAUGAAAUCAAUGUCUGUUUGUCCCGUAUCCAACAAUCCAGGGCUAAGUAACGGCAUACUGCUUAAAUGAUCUGCACGGUGGUUUGAAGAUCGAAUUGCAAGGAUCGAAUAUUUAUUUUUUAUUUUUUCAGUUAUAUUUUACCUUGGAGGUUUGUCCUAAAUUAUCUUUCCAGAUACUUUGCUGGUUAGUAAGUCAAUCCCUUCCUUCUUCUCCAGGCACAAUUUGGACUAUCUGACUGGUUCCUGGUGGCCAGUCCUUGAAGAUCUGUAUCGCUCGGAUAUUCCGGUGUAUAGGUUUGUUCAGCGCCCCGGAGACCUGGUGUGGAUUAAUGCUGGAACUGUUCACUGGGUGCAGGCUACAGGCUGGUGCAACAACAUUGCAUGGAACGUGGGGCCUCUGACACGUAAGUUAGAUUGGCAAUGUGUGUCACAUUUCAAGACCUGUUUUCUCAUUUAACGAUACAAUCCAAGCACCAUACAUAGUUGACUGUGUGAGAAUCCUUAACCUGGUGCUGAGGGCUGAAGAACCUGUUCCAUAAACCUCUUUAUGGGAUACAUUUAGACCACAUAGACCAGAAAGAGAUGGUCCUGAUUGGUGGAGCCUCUUGUGGUGUAGACUGCGUUCACUGCUGGGUAUUUGCUGCAGAAACAGAACAAUAAAGUUAGAGCUCUUUUGUUUUUGUUUUGUUUUUUCGCUCUGUUAUCUAUACAUUAAAUUGAAGAAAGUGAGGUUCUUUCAGCAUGGCAAGCUGUGUGCUGAAAAUUGCUGGUAAUUAAAUUACAAAAAUGUGUAAAUCUGAGUGGAUAUCCCAACCUGUCACUGCUAGGGGAAGUCUGGAAAGCAAAGCCGCUGCUCCCAGCAACUUUGUUUAUUUUUUGGCAUGAGACACUGCACGUUUAAAGUGACCGUUCGUAUUGUGUGAUUGUGAUAAAAUGUAAUUAGCAUUGAACUGGUUAUGUGCAGUGAUAGGUUCUUGUCUCUCUCAGCGUAUCAGUAUCAGUUGGCCCUCGAGCGGUUUGAGUGGAAUGAAGUUAAGAACGUGAAAUCCAUUGUCCCAAUGAUCCAUGUGUCGUGGAACGUGGCAAAGACCGUGAAGAUUAGUGACACCGAUCUCUACCGCAUGAUCAAGUGAGUGCCGAUGGGCUAAAACAAAAACCAAGCUGCUGUAGGGAUUCUCUUGGUCCUGUUGGGUUUCCAUGGUGUAACACGGGAACCUUUCACCCUUCCAGGUACUGUCUCUUGCAGUCUAUCAAGCGAUGUCAGGUGCAGAGGGACAGCUUGAUACGCAGUGGAAAGAAGAUCUCUUAUCAGGCCCGAGUGAAAGAUGAACCCGCCUAUUACUGCAAUGAGUGUGAUGUAAGUGUUGUCCUCAUUCCCUGUCCUUCUUGCCUGGUUACUUUGAGAUGGGUAUUGUAUUUGAUCCGAGAGUGUAUGAGUUUACAGAUUUCUUUAAAGGGGCGCUCCAAGCAUCAAAACUACUAGAAUGCUUUGUACGGAUUAUGGUGCCAGAAAAUGCCUGUUCAAGCCGUUUGUUUUUACGUUUGACGCUUACUUGGGUCCCCCUUUGCUGGUGUUCCUGCCCUUCUUCACAGAUCUCUUUAAAGUGGAAGUUCCCCAAAUAUAGACUUAAUUGAUUUUCGCCAACGUGGAAGGGGCAUUUCUACUCUAUAUUAAACGGUGCUGAGCCACGGACGUGUGAGGUACCAAGGGAAGUGUAAAACCAUUUUAGAGUGGUUUGACUUCACAAUAGAACAGCCCCAGGGGACUUCUGGGAUCAUAACGACUUUAGCUGGCUGUAGUAGUAAAGGUGCUCUAUUAAUGGUUUGGGGAUCAAUCGUUUUUUGCUGUUUUACAGAAAAUCAGUUGUUGAGCUCUACACUCUGGUAGAUGGGGGUGGGGGUCGCAUUUAUUUUUAAACCGGCCCAGCUUCCCACAAUGUGAAGUAUUUUGUGUAAUAGAACAUUUGGCAUUUAACUUUUAGUCCAUAAAAUUGAAUUAUUUGGGCAGUCUGUGUGAAGAUCGUUGUUUGAGCGAUGGAGAGAGAAUUGCAGAUAAAAAUAUCCCAUGUCCUCACAGGUCGAAGUGUUUAAUAUCCUGUUUGUGACCAGCGAGAGCGGAGGGAAGAAUACGUAUCUUGUUCACUGCGAAGGCUGUGCUCGUACCGCUGGUAACAACAUGAACAACGUGGUCAUCCUUGAACAGUACAAGAUGGAAGAACUCAUGCACAUCUAUGACAACUUCAACCUGGUGAGCAAUGGGUGAAAAAAGUCAGUGGGAAAGGGCAGAGCAAAAUCUGGGUGAGGAGUACAGGUAUGUUUUGGGAGCAUCUGGUGUACUGUGAUCUAUAAAAUCCUUAAAUCUACAUCUGUGAGUGUAUUGUUAUCCUACUUUAGAUUUAUGGUGUCCUGGCGUGUAGUAAGCUGAAUCCUACCAGGCAAUAGCUGUAUCUAAUAGCUUCAGGUUAGGAGCAGUUUGUCUAUGCUGGGAUAUCGCUAUAUGAUUAAUUGACAUUCUCGGUUAGUUCUUCGUUCCCCCUAAAUAAUGACACAAUUAGACAAAAAGAAGUCGUCAUGGGGGGGCUACUAGUUUAAUAUAUAUAUAUAUAUAUUUUAUUUUUUUAAAUAAAUCAUGUUUUUGAAAUAUAUUGUAUACUCUAUGUCAAGUUUUAAUACAUAUGUCUUUGGGGAAAUUUGGACUGAUACACAAUACUACGUGACGUGUUCUCCACUCCCUGUAUUGGCUUCCAAUUAAAUGGUGAACAUAUUUAAAAAUCGGCCUGGUGACCUUCAAAGCCUUUAACAAUCCCGGCUUGCAUUACCUGAAAGAACUACUGAACCCAUAUAUCGCAUCUCGCUCACUUGGGUCAGUCAACGAGUCCCUCCUGUCAGUACACAGUAUAAAGAUAAACUCUCGGACACUCAGCCAUGCUGCCCCCACAUUCUGGAACUCUUUACCUCGAUCAAUCAGAGAGACUCCAACCAUCCUUACAGAUUAAAAACACCUCUCUUAUCAGCUCAUCUGACUAUCAUAAACCUAACUUUUUUCAAAUAUUUCAUAUAUUUGUAAAGUGCUUGGAGUCUCACCAGGAGAAGCUGCAAUUUGUUGUUAAUACUUUUGGGUUUUGUGCUUUGUUAUAAAGUCCUGCACAGCAAUGUUUCUGGGGAUAGCAGGAUAGCGUGAUCUAGAUCGUGCAGAGGGAACCUGGAGAGACUAGGUCAGAUUUGUGCAUUAGGUAAUCCAAGGAUGAAAAGCUUGUCUAGAAAUAAAAACAUGACAUUGUUUUACACAGUUAAAUAUAUGCGUUUUUUAUUAGUGCUUUAACAUUCCUGUCCUAGCUGCCUACGUCCCGGUCUCUUGGCGUCAGAGCUUGCGUUCUCUAGCUAAGCUGAUCUGCCCAUUUCAGUCCUUGUUUGUGCUUGCCAAGAGCCAAUCAAAUGCUUCCUAUCAAAUGUUUAAAGCUGUUCUGAAUGUAGGGAGCAUAAUAUAGCAAACUAACAGCACUCCAUUUACAACUUUGUGAAUAUACCCAAACACCCUGGAAAAAAAUAAAUACAUAUAUCUAUAUAUCUCUAUCGCUAUCUCUGAAAAUAGUCAUGAACUAGAUUGUGGUGCCAACUGUUAUGUCUUUAAUAUGCAAAAACAUAGCAUGAUGAGGAAAAAUAAGGGUAACAUAAGUUGUAGCUAAACUUUUUAUUUUUAUUUAUUUUUUACUUUUUACAAUUUUAUUCCUUGAAAGAGAUCGUUCCCAUUUACAGCAAUUUAGGAUCACCUUUACUUUAUUAAAGCAUUACUUUAAGCACCAAAACUACUGUAGAUCAUACCCCUGCAGUCUCACUGCUCAAUUCUCUGCCACUUGGGCUUGGGAUUUGUCACUUUGCUUAUAAAACCCUAGUCACACCUCCCUGCAUGUGACUUACACAGCCUUCAUAAACACUUCCUGUAAAGAGUCAUCUAAUGUUUACACUUCCUUUAUUGCACAUUCUGUUUAAUUAAGAAUAUCUUAUCUUCUGCUCUGUAAAGAGCCUUCUAGACCCUGUAGGAGCCUCCUGUGUGUGAUUAAAGCAGGAGAUAAACUUCUAAAGUAAGUUGACAUCUGAUUAAAAAUGAAUACCUUUUUUUUUUUUUUCAAUGCAGGCUGUCGGUCACAGCCAGGGGAGGUGUGACUAGAUAUCCAUAAACAAAAUUAAGUGACUUAACUCUUAAAUGACAGAGAAUUGAGCAGUGAGACUGCAGGGCCAUGAUCUAUACACCCAAGCUGCUUCAUUACAUUGAAGUGGUUUGAUGUCUAUAGUGUUCCUUUAAAGCCGCAUGGUCACGCCAGACGUACCUUUCUCCUAUUGUUUCCUCUUCUCUUGUCUCUCCGAAUCUCUUCUUUUCUUUAUUUCUGAUCUAGUUUUCUUUAAAACAUAAGCUAGAGUAGGGACUAUUUUGUCUUGUGUAUUUUCCUCCUCCUUUACACAAGAAAUGGAGCAGGCUUAAUAUCCUCCUUUGGUCAAAGUAAGUCAAGUGUAGAAAAAUACACAAGACAAAGUAGUCCCUACAAUAGGAGCAAGUUCCUCGUGACGGUGUUGGGGUAACUGCACUGUCACAGGAAACUUUCUCCUGUUUAGGGAUUACUUUGUCUGGGUUAUUUAAAUGAGAUAAUGUCUUGUUUAACAAACACAGCAAAGUGAGAAAAUAAAAGCUUUUAAGAGACGAGUGGUUGAGUGUUCAAGGAAUAAUUACUAAAGUGAGAAUUUAAACUGAAGGCCAGAGUAUCUAAACUGAAAGCGUAGCUGACUGUCCGAAUGGAUUCAGUUGUUUUGACCUUAACUUUGGAAUGAAGUUUAAAAGCAUUAUUCACGAAGAAUGAGUUCAAUUAGGUCUUGUGUUUGAAAUUUGCCAUCUCCGAGGGCAAAAACUAGUUACGGUGAACUUCGUGAGAUUUCUAUAAGGAAUAUGACCAUUAACGGAAUUAUCUGACUCCAGAUGUAAAUGGAUAUUGAGUCAAUGUUUCAAAGCAUUCUUUUCUUUUUGUUUUCAGGCCUCAUCUCCAAGCACACGGUGA